GUGAUAUCUGUUAUACAUUUAUCUAGCUAGCAUCUUUGAGCAAUGGAUAAUAAUUUUAUCGGUAUUUGAGUCGUGUUUCAUUAAAUUAAACAUUGAAAUCCGUUAACUUUGUGCGAGGAUCGUCAUCAAACACAUUCGCAAAGAUGGACAAAAGAAAAUUAUCCACUGCGGGAGAUAGUUUGUACCAAAUAUUGCAAGUUCCCAAAACUGCAACGCCAGAAGACGUAAAGAAAAGCUAUCGUAAAUUAGCUCUAAAGUAUCACCCAGAUAAAAAUCCCAACAAUCCUGAUGCAGCUGACAAGUUUAAAGAAGUAAAUCGUGCUCACACAAUUCUCAGCGACACAACGAAGAGAAAUAUUUACGACAAUUAUGGAUCACUUGGACUUUACAUUGCGGAACAAUUUGGGGAAGAAAACGUCAACGCCUAUUUUGUUGUGACAAGCACCUGGUGUAAAGCUUUGGUCGUGGUGUGCGGUAUAUUGACAGGAUGUUACUUCUGUUGCUGCUUAUGCUGCUGCUGUAACUGCUGCUGCGGAAAAUGCAAACCGCGCCCUCCCGAAGAGUCCGGAGAUUAUCACACGCUCGAGAGAGACGACUCGGACGGCGUACAGGCGGUCACCGUGCAGCCGGGUGGCGAAGGGCGCCCCGCCGGCGAGCAGGCGCCGCCCAUUGCCAUGCCGGCGCCCCCGCCGAACGUGGCCACCGCCGCUUCCGAAAACACCGGCCUCAACACAGGAAGCAGUAUUCCCAAAUACACAUGAAAUGACGAGUAGUCUAUCAUAAUAGUAAGAGAAAUGAAGAACUGACUUCUAAAAUCCAUCAUAAUACUUUACAAAUGUAAGCCUAAUAUAAGUUUUGUUUUUUUAUGUAUUUUUUAUAGUAUAAAAUAUUUUUGCUAUUAAUUUUUUUAGUGGUAACACCACAUGGUUAAAGUUUGCCCUAGCUUGCUAUUGAAGUUUGAAGAAAUUUUAGUUUUAAAAUUUACUGUUUUGUCCAAUAAUUUCAUAUAAAUGUAUUUAUUUUGUGUUGUAGGAAAUUUAAGUUCUUUAUAAUAUGCAGAAUUCAUGAAAUCUUUGCAAAUGUUACUGUAUGGUUUAUUAAAAGGAUUGUAUUUAUUUAGUAGAAAGUGGAAAUUAUAAGGGAGAUUGAUUCAUUUUUGCAGUUUAUAUUUUCUCUUAUACCUUUCAUAUUAAGUUUUAUUCUGUAUUAUACUAUUCUAUAGCGAGAUAUAAAAAUUUAAUUGUAAUUCAUAAUAUAAAAAAUGUAUUUGCUUGUGUAGUGAAUGAUGCGCUAGUUACAAUACAAUUUCCAAACUAGCUUUAGCUUAAAAUU